AAGGAUGAACAAAUGCACGUUUAAGUAUUACAAAGGGGACAACCAAAGACAGCUAUUACAUCUCACGUUUAAAUAUUGCAAACCCGCCACUUGAUUCAAAUGUUAGCUAGUCACUCAUGGCUCCGCCUUGUGGAAACGGGAGGAGGUGGUCAAGGGCAAUAAAGAUGACCUUUUACUUGUUCUUUCUCAUACCAAUAUUAUCAGCUGGAAAUAGAAACGCUAACACCAUAUUUGGUAAAAAACAAAAACUGGAGGUUCAGCAGCAUUUGAAGCGCCUUAACAAGCCCGCUCUUAAAUCCAUCAAGAGCCCGGAUGGAGAUAUAAUCGACUGCAUAGAUAUCAACAAGCAACCAGCUUUUGAUCAUCCUUUGUUAAAAAAUCACACAAUUCAGAUGAGACCAAGUUCUUAUCCAAAAGGGUUUUCAUUUGAUGAAAUCAAUGACGUCUCUUCAAACUCCGAGCCCGAAUUUGCUCAGCCAUGGCACUUGAAUGGAAGGUGCCCAGAAGGAACUAUUCCCAUAAGAAGAACUAAAGAAGAAGAUUUAUUAAGGGCAGGCUCUGUAGCAAAUUUUGGAAGGAAAAAAUACCAUACCAUCCCUAAUGCUCAGUCAUCUCGACCUCCCCAUGAGCAUGCAAUUCUUAGUGAGAAUGGAGUUAAGUUUUAUGGAUUGACGGCAGACAUGAACCUGUGGAACCCCUAUGUCCAGGAAGCAAAUGAGUUUAGCUUAUCUCAAUUCUGGUUGGUAAAUGGUGCAUAUGAAACAGAUCUUGAUACCAUUGAAGCCGGCGCGACGGUUAACGAAAAGCUAUAUGGAGAUAAAAACACUAGACUCUUCCUAUAUUGGACAGAUGAUGCAUAUCAAAGCACAGGUUGCUACAAUUUGUUGUGCCCUGGCUUUGUUCAAGUUGACAAACAGAUUGCGAUGGGUGCAACUGUCACCCCUUAUUCCAAGUAUAAUGGUAACCAAUAUGCACUCAAGUUCUAUGUUUCAAAGGACAUUAAUGGAGGGGGAAACUGGUGGAUGAAUAUUAACAACAGAGUCUUUGGAUAUUGGCCAUCUUCCAUAUUCUCGAUCCUAUCUAAUGGUGCUGCAAGAGUUGAUUGGGGAGGAGAGGUCCUAAAUUAUAAUUCAGGAGGGCAGCACACCACAACACAAAUGGGCAGUGGCCAUUUCGCAGACGAAGGGUCUGGCAAGGCUAGUUUCUUCAAAAAUCUCCAAGUCAUUGAUGCUUUACAAAUUCUCAGGGGUCCCCGGAACGCUACGACAUUCAUGACAAAACCUGAAUGCUAUAAUAUCAUAAAUUAUGGAGGCCUCUUUUAUUUUGGUGGUCCGGGUAGAAACCCCAAAUGUCCAUGAUCAUUUAGAUUAUCGUUUCAAAAUAAAGAAGAAAGAGGGAAAUAUAAUAAGAGGGGAAUUAUUUUCUUCUCCUUUCCAUGUCACACCAACUGUACCUACAAGCCAUAUGUCAUAUAAAACUCUCUGAUUCAUUAAUAUAUAAAAAGUUAUUCUA